GUAUAAAUAGGCGUACAAUUUGCUCAGCUGUUGCUGCUCGCGUGAUACAAUUCCCACAAAGGUACAUUUUGAUUGGCUGCUUAGGAUGGCCUCUGACCAAUGAACUAGGUUAUAACAUCUUCGUGCUCAAAAGCAUAAAAGGGCCAGAGCCGCCGCGUUUCGCCCCUUUCUCGAGUUCCAACUGGCGGUGUUCGUGCGUCACGGGGAACUGGCGACGUGCUAACACGUGUUCAACGUCGAUUACUUCAACUUUGCCAAGAUGGCUGGAGAUAAACCCGCGUACAAAGUUGCCGACAUCAAGCUGGCCGAGUGGGGCCGAAAGGAGAUCAUCAUGGCCGAAAACGAGAUGCCCGGCCUGAUGACGCUGCGCAAGAAGUACGGCCCGUCGCAGCCGCUGAAGGGCGCGCGCAUCGCCGGCUGCCUGCACAUGACCAUCCAGACGGCCGUCCUCAUCGAGACACUGACCGAGCUCGGGGCGGAGGUCCAGUGGUCGAGCUGCAACAUUUUCAGCACGCAGGACCACGCGGCGGCGGCCAUUGCCGUUACCGGCGUGCCCGUGUACGCAUGGAAGGGCGAGACGGACGAGGAGUACGAGUGGUGCAUCGUGCAGACGCUCUACUUCAAGGACGGAAAGCCGCUGAACAUGAUCCUGGACGACGGCGGCGACCUGACCAACCUGGUGCACGACAAGUACCCGCAGCUGCUGGAGGGCAUCAAGGGCGUCUCCGAGGAGACCACCACCGGCGUGCACAACCUGGUCAAGAUGAUGGCCGCCGGCAAACUGAAGGUGCCCGCCAUCAACGUCAACGACUCUGUCACCAAGUCCAAGUUUGACAACCUGUACGGCUGCCGCGAGUCGCUGACGGACGGCAUUAAGCGCGCCACGGAUGUGAUGCUGGCCGGAAAGACGUGCGUGGUGGCCGGCUACGGCGACGUCGGCAAGGGCUCGGCCUCCUCGCUGAAGGCGUUCGGCGCGCGCGUCAUCAUCACCGAGGUGGACCCCAUCAACGCGCUGCAGGCCGCUAUGGAGGGCUACCAGGUGACCACCAUGUCUGAGGCGGUGGCCGCCGGCGCGUCCAUCUUCGUCACCACCACCGGCUGCAAGGACAUCAUCACCGGCGAACACUUCAACAACAUGAAGAACGACGCGAUCGUCUGCAACAUCGGACACUUUGACUGCGAGAUCCAGAAAAUCUGGCUCGACGAGAACGCCGUGGAGAAGAUCAACAUUAAGCCCCAGGUGGACCGGUACCGCCUGAAGAACGGCAACCACAUCAUCCUGCUGGCCGAGGGCCGACUGGUGAACCUGGGCUGCGCCACCGGCCACCCGUCGUUCGUCAUGUCCAACUCGUUCACCAACCAGACCCUGGCGCAGAUCGAGCUCUGGACCAAGCCGGGCGCCUACCCGGUCGGCGUCCACUUCCUGCCCAAAAAGCUGGACGAGGAGGUGGCCGCCCUGCACCUGGAGCACCUCGGCGUCAAGCUGACCAAACUGAGCGACGACCAGGCCAAGUACCUCGGCCUGCCCGCCGACGGCCCCUACAAGCCCGACCACUACCGCUACUAGCCGCCGCGCGGCGCCCCUGUCGCCGUAUAGGUGACGCCACUGUCGCUGGCGCCUGCGAGUCUCAAUGCUGGUCAGGUUUUCACGUGAUACUCCCUCUGUGGCAUUCAUGUUGCGAUUGUUUUUGUUGGCGCAUUUCGCCAGAGGGAUUGGCAAUGCUGGUUGCGCUGUUUUUGAAGUCUUGUGUCAAGCGCGUCGUGCGCUGGGAGCGAUUUUAGAGGUGUCGGGGACCUCGUUUCUUACGUUUUUUUUUUGUACCACGGUUUGGAUUUUGGACACUGAUGAGCCUUUGCACUGCUACAAUACAAUAUGACGAAGGGAA